AUGGCCGGGGGAAGAGGCGGUGCAAGGCGAGGCGCCGUCGCCGUCGCCGCCGCGGCGCUCGCCGUCGCGUGCUGCUGCGCGGGCGUCGCCAGCGCGGCCACCUACUACGUCGGCGACGUCGGCGGCUGGUCCCUCAGCAGCGGGAGCUGGCCCAACGGGAAGCAGUUCCGCGCCGGCGACGUCCUCGUGUUCAAGUACAACCCGCUGAUGCACAACGUGGUGGCGGUGGGCGAGGACGGGUACAACGGGUGCACCACGCCGGCGGGGUCGAGGACCUACGAGUCCGGCAACGACGCCGUCACGCUGGCCAGGGGCGCCAACCGCUUCAUGUGCACCCGCUUCUACCACUGCAACUUCGGGAUGAAGAUGGUCGUCAACGCCGCCUGA